AUGCGCAAAAUUUCACGAUUAAACCGAAUUUCACAGCUUUUCAGUGAUGGAAAUGGAAAAAAUGAAUCGAAAGAUGGAGAACCCUUCGUUGACGAUACCGUUUUAAAUUUUUUAUCACUUUCUGAGCAGAACAGCUGUGAACCAAAAUUUGGAACUGAUAAGGGUAGCAGUUUCCUUAUUAUCAGUGUUGAUCAACAACACAUCGCUGCNAUUGCUCGUAUGCGCAAAAUUUCACGAUUCAACCGAAUUUCACAGCUUUUCAGUAAUGGAAAUGGAAAAAUGAAUCGAAAGAUGGAGAACCAUUUGUUGACGAUACCAACGACACUUCCAAAUAAUAUCGACGCAUAUGAGAUAGGUUUGUUCAAUAUUGGAUAUGGCUGUAACGCUGCAGUCUAUGCCUUGAAAGUUCGCGAUAAUAAAAAUCCAAGCACUUCUUCAAGUGUGGGUGAUAUCGCGCGUUCCGAAAAUGCUUACUCAAUACAGAAAUAUCCGCUUGCGCUAAAGUUAAUGUAUAAUUUUGCCCUCGAUUUGUGCCCUCGACUUGGAGACAACUUCUUGUGGCGCUCUAUGGGUGCUGAACUUGUGCCAUUACCAGAAAGCGCUAACAUCCUGAAUGGGAAGAUGGGCAGAUAUCGACCUCUACCUGCUUUUCAUCCAAACGUUGUUCGUGUAUUGACCGCAUUUGUCGACCGUAUGCCGAUUUUGGAUGAUGCUAAACUUGUCUACCCGGAUGCUCUUCCAUCUGCUCCUUUCUAUGAAAUGCUUAUUAAUGAGCCCAGAACCAUGUUUGUUGUGAUGAAAAGAUAUCGCAUGACGUUGCGGGAAUAUGUCAAGGAUUUUCGCAGAAAACGCAGCUAUCAUGUUGCUCGGAUAUUAUUUGGCCAAUUACUGGAAGGAUGUGUAUUUCUUUACGAGAACGUCGUUUCCCAACGAGAUAUGAAGAGUGACAAUAUAUUACUAGAAUUCGAUAAUCCCGAUGACGUCCCUCACCUUGUUAUAUCGGAUUUUGGAUGCGCUCUGGCAACAGGUAGUUGGGUGGUGAAGUAUGUGGACGACACGAUCGAUCUUGGAGGAAACACAAAAACCAGAGCGCCUGAAAUCAUUUUGGCGCAGCCAGGGCCUGACAGUUUCGUCGAUUUCCGCAUGGCAGAUACGUGGGCUGUUGGGACUCUUGCGUACGAAAUAUUCACUAGAGUGAAUCCCUUCUACACUCGUUUGAGCAGCGCCAAUUAUAAAGAAGAGGACCUACCAAAUUUGUCUCCCUUCAUUACGAAACCGGUUCGUGACGUCGUUCACGAUCUCUUACGAAGGAAUCCAGCAGAGAGACUUUUGCCACACAUCGCUGCAAAUGUUAUUUCAUUAUCUCUUCUGCGGCUCGGUGGUGAUUUCCAAUCAUUCUUUUCAUCAUCUGGCCUGAAUACUGUAAUAAAUAAGAUCCUGGAUGAUGUCCUUUUCCUUAUAUCUGCUGAAACGAUAGCAUCUCGCUCGUCAACAUCCGGUGUUAUAAGUCGUGCAGAACAACAGGUGAAUUUCACUGCUACCAAUUUUUCUAUUUGA